CGUCAGACACCAAGCAGGGACUGCUCUUCUUCGGGAUCACUCAAGAGGGUGAUGGAAGUGCUAAUUCUCUGGGCACUGGAAAAAUGCAGGCAGGAUAUUCUGGGCCUUCCCCUCUUUCUAUUGGAGUGGAAACGGACUCCAUGCUACCGUAUCAGGAUCUGGCAACCUUUGAGGAUGUGGCUGUGUGCUUCUCAGAGGAGGAGUGGGCUCUGCUGGAUCCGGGCCAAAAGGCUCUGGUCAGGGAAGUCACGGUGGAGACCAGUGGGAACUUGGCCUUUCUGGGGGGAGAGAGCAAAAUAAAGGUAGAAGAACAAGGAAUGGAAACUGAAGUAAAGUAUAAUUGGAGGAAAGAAUCCAUUUAUAACAUUAUAGGAAAGAGCUUCAAAAAGAACCACCACUUUACUGAGCACACAGACAAAAAACCAUAUAAAUGCUCAGAGUGUGUUAAAAGCUUCAGGUGGAGUGCAAACCUUGCUUUGCACAAAAGAAUCCACACAGGAGAGAAACCAUAUAGAUGCUCUGAGUGUGGAAAGAGCUUCAGUCAGAAGUCCAACCUUACUGUCCAUCAAACUAUCCACACAGGAGAGAAACCAUAUAGAUGCUCAGAGUGUGGAAAGAGUUUCAGUCAGAAGUCCAAUCUUACUGUACAUCAAACUAUCCACACAGGAGAGAAACCAUAUAGAUGCUCAGAGUGUGGAAAGAGUUUCAGUCAGAAAUCCAGCCUUACCACCCAUCGAAAUACCCACACAGGGGAGAAAACACAUAAAUGCCCAGAGUGUGGGAAGUGCUUCAGUAAGAAGGCUAGCCUUACUACCCAUCAAAAUACCCACACAGGGGAAAAACCAUAUAAAUGCUCAGAGUGUGGAAAGAGCUUCAAUCAGAAGUCCAAUCUUACUGUCCAUCAAACUAUCCACACAGGAGAGAAACCAUACAAUUGCUCAGAGUGUGGAAAGAGCUUCAGUCAAAAGGCCACCCUUACUACCCAUCGAAAUAUCCACACAGGGAAAAAACCAUAUAAAUGCUCAGAGUGUGGGAAGGGCUUCAAUCAGAAGUCAAACCUUAAUGUCCAUCGAACUAUCCACACAGAAGAGAAACCAUAUAAAUGCUCAGAGUGUGGAAAGAGCUUCAGUCAGAAGGCCAGCCUUAUUACCCAUCAAAAUACCCACACAGGAGAGAAACCAUAUAAAUGCUCAGAAUGUGGAAAGAGCUUCAAUCAGAAGUCCAACCUUACUGUCCAUCAAGUAAUCCACACAGGAGAGAAGCCAUAUAGAUGCUCCGAGUGUGGAAGGAGCUUCAGUCAGAAGGCCACUCUUACGACCCAUCAAAAUAUCCACACUGGGGAAAAACCAUAUAAAUGCUCAGAGUGUGGAAAGAGUUUCAGUAAGAAGGCCAGCCUUACUACACAUCAAAAUACCCACACAGGGGAAAAACCAUAUCAAUGCUCAGAGUGUGGAAAGAGUUUCAGGCAGAAAGCCAGCCUUAUUACCCAUCGAAAUACCCACACAGGGGAAAAACCAUAUAAAUGCUCAGAGUGUGGAAAAUGCUUCAGUCAGAAGUCCAACCUUACUGUCCAUCAAACUAUCCACACAGGCGAGAAACCAUAUGAAUGCUCAGAGUGUGGAAAGAGGUUCAGUCAGAAGGCCAGCCUUAUUGCCCAUCGAAAUACUCAUACAGGGGAGAAACCAUAUAAAUGCUCAGAGUGUGGAAAGAGUUUCAGUCAGAAGGCGAGCCUUAUUACCCAUCGAAAUACCCACACAGGGGAAAAACCAUAUAAAUGCUUAGAGUGUGGAAAACACUUCAGUCAGAAGUCGAACCUUACUGUCCAUCAAACUAUCCACACAGGAGAGAAACCAUAUGGAUGCUCAGAGUGUGGAAAGACGUUCAGUCAGAAGGCCAGCCUUAUUACCCAUCGAAAUACUCAUACAGGGGAGAAACCAUAUAAAUGCUCAGAGUGUGGAAAGAGUUUCAGUCAGAAAGCUAGCCUUAUUACCCAUCAAAAUACUCACACAGGGGAAAAACCAUAUAAAUGCUCAGUGUGUGGAAAGAGCUUCAGGUGGAGUGCAAACCUUGCUUUGCACAAAAGAAUCCACACAGGAGAGAAACCAUAUAGAUGCUCAGAGUGUGGAAAGAGCUUCAGGCAGAAGGCUAGCCUUAUUUCCCAUCGAAAUACUCAUACAGGGGAAAAACCAUAUAAAUGCUUAGUGUGUGGGAAGGGCUUCAGUCAGAAGUCUAACCUUACUUUCCAUCAAACUGUCCACACAGGAGAGAAACCAUAUAGAUGCUCAGAGUGUGGAAAGAGCUUCAGGCAGAAAGCUAGCCUUAUUACCCAUCAAAAUUCUCACACAGGGGAAAAACCAUAUAAAUGCCCAGAGUGUGGGAAAAGCUUCAGUCAGAAAAACAGCCUUAUUACCCAUCAAAAUACUCACAUGGAAGAAACCUUAUAUAUGAUGACAUUGUGGCAAGAGUUCUGGGUGCAGUAAAAUUAUUAUCUUAAAUAAUCCACACUAGAGGAGACAGAAAUUAUCUAAGUGUGAAGAACUUCAGUUCUCAUCUAAGUAACCUGGUAGGAGAAGCUACACAAGACAACCUCAUCAUGUGGUUCUGUGCCAUGCCCCCUAUUCCUUGGCAUUGAACCCUGCAUAAAGGAACUUCCCUGAACUGUAUCACCAAGAUGCCACUGGUUACAAAAGCUUGGAUGAAUUUGGAUAAAUUACAUUUGAUUCAGCCCGACCAUUGGACAAGUUUAUGCUACUGAUUCUCGUUCUUUGCCUAUCCUGACUUCUAAAAUCCAGCUGUGGAAAGGUAGCUAAUUUGUCAGCUUGAUUGCAAACGUCGUUGAAAGAAAUUUGGUCCAAUAUGCUGACUGCGGUAGUCAUUGGAGUUCUUCUAAGCAAAUGGUAUAUAU